CGAAGGGAGUCCUCCUCCCUCUUUUUGCUCCGCGUGAAACUGGGGGCCGGCCGUUCUCUGCGCACCUACCUAGGUCCUAGCCAGCCAGGUGGAAAAACUGACUGAAAGAUGAAGUUUGGGAAGAGCGUGUGCAUUUUAAAUGUGGGUGGCACUAAAUAUACAUUCCCGAGGGACGUGAUAAAGGAUUUCCCUCUGAGGAGAGUGAGCCGUCUGCACAGCUGCGCCUCCGAGAAAGAAGUCCUGGAAGUGUGCGACGACUAUGACCGGGAGCGCAACGAGUUCUUCUUUGACCGGCACUCGGAAGCGUUCGGCUUCAUCAUGCUGUACGUCAAGUACGGGAAGCUGCGCUUCGUCCCGCAGAUGUGCGAGCUCUCCUUCUACAACGAGAUGAUCUACUGGGGCUUGGAGAGCUCGCACCUGGAGUUCUGCUGCCAGCGGCGGCUGGACGACAGGAUGUCCGACACUUACACGUACUUCUCGGAAGAGGACACCAAAGCCGAGGAUGAAGCGAGAGGACACGACGUGCUGGAGCGGCCCGCCGCCGCCGCCGCCGCCGCCGGCGCGCACAGAGGCAGCGCCAAGUGGCUGGAGAGGAUGCGCAGGACUUUCGAGGAACCGACCUCGUCCGUGGCGGCGCAGAUCCUCGCCUCGGUGUCGGUCAUUUUUGUCAUAGUGUCCAUGGUGAUACUGUGCGCCAGCACGCUGCCCGACUGGAAGACGGCCGAGAACAAGAGCGUGGAGGAGCACAGGUACACAGAGAGUUUAGAAGAUCCAUCUGGGAUCAUCGAGGCGGUGUGCAUCGGUUGGUUCACUGCCGAGUGCAUCGUCCGCUUCAUUGUAUCAAAGGACAAGUGCGAGUUUGUGCGACGUCCGCUCAACAUCAUCGACUUGCUGGCUAUCACACCAUACUAUGUCUCUGUGCUGAUGACUGUGCUGACGGGUGAGAACUCGCAGCUGCAGCGGGCCGGUGUUACGUUGCGCGUGUUGCGCAUGAUGCGCAUAUUUUGGGUCAUCAAGCUGGCGCGUCACUUCCUGGGCCUGCAGACUCUGGGCUUAACACUCAAGCGAUGCUACCGCGAGAUGGUAAUGUUGCUGGUGUUUAUCUGUGUGGCCAUGGCUAUCUUUGGCGCAUUGGCCCAGCUGCUGGAGCACGGCCUGGACUUGGAGAUGGGCAACGAGGACUACGCCAGCAUCCCGGCAGCCUGCUGGUGGGUUAUUAUCUCCAUGACCACAGUGGGCUAUGGAGACAUGUACCCCAUCACCAUGCCCGGGCGUGUGCUGGGGGGGCUCUGCGUGGUGAGCGGCAUUGUGCUUCUGGCGCUCCCCAUCACCUUCAUCUAUCACAGCUUCGUCCAGUGCUACCACGAGCUCAAGUUCCGUUCGGCACGCUGCACACGCAGCCUGUCUGCAGAGUUCCUUAACUGACCUGACCAUCCCUUCACUUGCUCCUCCAUCCUUGGGGCUUCUGUACGUUUAUCUACUUCGAGUCUAUCUUCUUCUGUUGUAACAUCGUGUUUUCAUCAGCUUUCGUGUAAUUUUACAUUCAAUGUUUUAUUGUUCGAUUCGCUUAGGUUUUUGGCUCCCUUUUGUUAACUUAAAUUGUCUGGAACUAUGGCAGGUUGCGGGUUACUGUUCAGGUUAAAAGAAAAAAGUUGGUUCCUUUGAAGGGCCCAUUGUUGCAGGGUGUCUUUUUUCCGUAAAGGCACCGUGUGUGGGUGGUGCAGAGUGAGAGAAUCUCAGCGAUGGCCUUACAGGUUUUCCCAUUUACGAUGUGCAACAAGCGAGAGGGAUUCGAUUUUGAUUUUUAUGCUACUCUACACUGUUUGUCAUCAAUAUAUGACUAGCAUGAGUCACCCUUGAGUUCACAUGAGACUUGUUUUCUUCCUGUUUCCUGUUAACGUUAAAGGUAAAUGGGGCUUGAAUUGCUAGAGAGCAUGACUGCACACGUGUUUUAACAAUGCAACAUGCACACAAACAAAACAGUAUGAUGCCUAAUGCCACAGACCUGUUGCUGAAAUGAUUUAAGAGGAGUGACACUGUAAAGCAGGGCAAACAUAGUGGAUCUGAAUGGCAUAAAAAAGAAUAACAGUUCGUAUAACUGUUACCAAAGGAAACAAUAGCCUGUUUUCAACAGGAACACAAUCAACACAUCCUAUGAAUAAAAUGUUAUUUUUACAUGACUUAGUAAAGGAAUCUGAUUCAGUAGGAAGUGCUUGCAUGUACCUCGAUGUGUGUGAUAAGCACAUGAAUCACGGCUUACUUGGUCCCCAACAGAUACCUGGCAAGAGUCCCAGAUUUCGUAUUCAUAUCAGUCAGUUUUCAGGUCCAAAGCAAGCCGCUGUUUUCAUCCGUGCGUCGUUGCAUGGCCAGGAAUGGGCCUUUCCCCUUGGAACACGUCUCCAGUCUGUGUCACUGGAUCAGGCAAUGCUGUUAUCUAGUAAAUAUUUUUCAGGGGAAGACAGUUACACUCUUCUCCAGUGGCAGACCAAGCUGAGCAGAGAGCAUGUCUGUAAGCUGUGUAGGCAGGUCUGUAAUGUGUAACAAAAUGUGCCAUAGAGUGAGAACGUGUCAUGGAGAAGUCGGUGGGUCUGCUGACACUAUGCAGCAAAAGGCAGAAACGGCUGUUAUCGAACUGGCCUUGCUCCGCUAAAGAAUGCUAUAGAUCUUUGAAGAAGGGGAACGUGCCCACUGUGGCCUUCAAUGUUUGAUUUCCUCAUGGUGUUUGAGGACAGAACCUUGAUGCAAGCUGCUUUUUGGUAUUGGCUGUCCUACCCUCUUCUCCUUGACACGCUGUUGCUGCUGUGUUAGGUGGCCAUGUGACACAUUCACUCACCUCUACAGGCUUAAGACUAAGUGGCUAGGCCCAUGCAGAAGCCCAGCUCCCUUUACUCUUGGGGACUCGCCAUUCUCUGCAUGACUUGACUCGGGUGGAUUUUCCACAUCAAUAGCCCUUCCUGCCGUGGUAAAUCUCCACCUUUUGCUCCCUCCAAAGUUCGGCUAGGCUGCAUUUACCAAGCGGACCUGAAGUAAGAUUAUACUCCUCAAAGCAGAAGUGUUUACCGAAUCGAUUAGCGACGCUUCACCCACACGUCAUCACCGUGGCCCAUCUUUUCCUAUGUUCCAUUUCCCCUCAGGACGUGGAAACAAGCACAAGUAUGAGAAACCAUAGUAAGGAGCUGUACAUUUAUAAGAUUAAACAGUACACAUUUCAUACCUUUAAGCCUUGAGACUGUUUCACACUGUUCUUUUAUACUUGUAUAUCAGUACGUUUAUUUUUUGACUAUUUCCGGAAGGAGAUUGUUUUUUUUUGUCAGCACGAAGAAAGGUUGAAAUAAGUUUGUUCCUUACUUGGCAACCAAGGGCACAUUUGGCACUUGUUCCCUUUAAUGACAGUUUACCAUGAGGUGCCUGCUUAGAGCAGCUCCUCUGUGGGUUAGCACACAGCAGGGACCAAGACCUCCAUUGCACCAGCUGCACACACACACACACAGAGCGCAACAGGACACGGCCUGCAGAACAAGGUCCCUGCUGACUGCAUACAGUAGGAAGCACUUUUUUUGCUGUCAUGCUGUUACCUCUUGUGAGCUGGGCUGUGGAUCAGUAAGCCAUCUAUAGCUCCCCAUUUCCCUGAAGAUGGAGCUGCUGGUGGUGGUGGUGAUUUCAAAACCAUCAUGUUCUUGUCUAAGGGGACUAAAGUUAACUGCUGGGCUAAAUUUAAGAGAGUAGUGCACCUAUUCUCCUAAAUUAUUACUUUUUCUAUAUUUUCUGAGGUCUUAGAUAUAUGGUAACCUCUGGGGUUAUUAACUCUAGUGGACUAUAGUCUCAUUUACCCUGUCUUUUUUAGGCUGAUUUAUAA